AUACCGGAAUUGAAUGGCGACGGUAUUCUAGGUGUUGUUUCCAGCGGGGAGAUGCAGUCCGGAGGCGAGACAGCGACCGCAAUGAGCACCCAGUCGGGCCCGCAGAGCAGUGGCGCCGGACGGGUCUCCGUCAGAGAUUUAUGUUGCCUUUUCUGUUGCCCGCCACUGCCUUCUUCAAUCGUCUCCAAAUUAGCCUUCAUGCCACCGCAGCCAAGCUACCGCAUCGUGAAGCACGACGCUCAACUGUAA